AUGGAGUUUACGCUGCUUUGUAACCUCGGAGGUCCUCGCAAUGCCAGCGUUUCUUUGCGGCUCCGACUGCUGCAUGUGUGGCCGGCGAAGUCUCCGGGGGACAUUAGGAUCUACAAUUACUGUACUCUUUGGGUCGACGAAACGGGUAUGCUGAUACAGGGCGUCUCACCAACUUCGAUGGCUGCUGGGAUUCGCCGUAAUCUCUCGGUUGGCAAGAUAUACGUCAUAAAGACUUUUGCCCUGAGCAAUCCGCCGAAUCACUAUCGGGCCUGUUCAUUUGAUUUGGCUCUGGGUCUUUCGCCUUCGGCUUCUUUUCAGCCCUGUGUUCUGCCUGCUGAAAGUUUCCCACUUGAUGCUUACGAGUUUGUGGCUUUCUCUCAGUUGAACAUGCGUGCCGGUAACCAUCGUUAUUUGACAGAUGUCGUUGGCCGACUCAGUUCGAUCAGCGGGAUAUCGCACAAGAUCACAAAUAACGGGUCUGCAGUCAAGCAGACGGUCAUAGUUGAGGAUGAAAGCGGAGCGAAGGCUGACUCGAUUGAAGCUGUGAUUUUGGCAUUUGGCGGCUUGCUGGUUAAUAAGCUGGGAGAUGAUUAUGUUCUGUCGAGUUCUGCCGCUACUCGCAUAUCAGUCAAUCCUCCUGUACCAAAGGCUUAUUUUCUUGCAUCUAGGUUUGCUGAGAAACAUGAGGUUGUUGAAUCCUUGCCGGUUGAGUUUGCUACUGCCGCUGAUGCCGAUCGUCGAACCAGGACUUUGAGUCAGCUGCUGGCGUUAUCCAGAACAAAUGCCUCACUGGAAGAGAAGUAUCGCUGUGGUGGAGUGAUUGUUGAUGUCGAGUUAAGCACACCUUGGUAUUAUAUUUCAUGCAAGUUAUGUUCGAGGGUUGUUUCGAAGCGUCGUGAUGAUACAUUUUGGUGUCCAAAGGAUUGGCAGUUGGACGAGGAACAAACUCGCGUCAACUACAAGCUCCAGCUUGCACUGAGGGAUGACUCCUGUGAGGCGCGUUUUAUACUGAUGGGGGGUGUGCGCUUACGCUGGUUGCCGUUGCCGGGCCCAACUGGUUUCUCCUCGGGUGAAUUCCGUGUGACCCAGGUGGUUCCUCUUGAUGAUCCCACUGUGGUGGGUGACCUGCUUGAGUUUUCUUCGCCCCCUCCGUUGGCUGCUCCUAUGAUGCGUGCAUCGAGUAUCGUGGGGGGUCCCUCUGGUUCAUCGAGGUCAGUGUUGGGUGCUUUGGGAAAGGAAAAGGUUUUAGACUCUCUUCUCAUUGAAGCUUCGGCUAUGCCGUUUAGCAUCACUGAUGAACCAGAUCUGAUUGGCAGAUUUCCCAGUUAUGAGGCCAGGGAUUUCCGAAACCCUAUUUCUGCAUAUGUCAGAAAUGAAGAUAUUGAUACUGAGUCACGGGUUCUUGGAGCUUCUCAGGUUUCGGCGAUGGGUGUACAGGUGGGCUCUACCCGAGCUGUUGCACCUGCUGCGAUGUCCUCUGCUGUUCAUUCUGCUGUACCAUCUGUUCAAUCUGCUGCUUCAAUGAUCCCCAGACGAUCAGCAAGAAUUGAAGAGUCUAUGAGCCCCGAGGAUGUUGGUCGCGGCUCAUCUAUGCCAGCUGCGAAAGUUUUAAAGCCAUCCCCCGAGUCAUCUCCUGGAAUGACUUUAGGUUCAAUCGCCGUGUCACCAUCGGCAUCGCCGUUGGUUUCUCCACUGUCCAAGAUCAAGGUGGAGAAACUGGAUGCUGCCAAAAGUGCUCAGGCGCAACAUGGUGGUUCCUCACAGGCAGGUGUUGAUAUGGAAAGGGAUGCUUCGGUGGAUAGUCAGAAAAAAACGGCGGCAAAGCGUGGUUUGUUCAAGAAGUGA